CUCCUUCCGAGGCUGUGCACCGCAGACGGCGCGAGGGGGAGCGAGCGAGCGGGCGCGGCCGGGUUCCGCAGCCCUGGCGCCCGCCGCCUCCCGCAGCCCCGCAAUAUGCCUCCGUGGCUCCCUGGCUCUUCGCCAUGGCGAGGCUCUGCCGUCGCGUCUCCUGCGCCCUGCUCCUCGGCCUGGCCGCGGUGCUGCUGAAGGCGCGGCUGGUCCCCGCGGCCGCUAGAGCCGAACUCAGUCGCUCGGACCUCAGCCUCAUCCAGCAGCAGCAGCAGCAGCAGCAGCUGCAAGAGCAAAAGCAGCGGGAGGAGGCAGAGGAGGAGAGGCCAGAGGUGCCUGGGGCAUCCUCUACUUUGGUGGCUCCAGUGUCUGUAUUUAUGCUGAAAGUCCAGGUCAAUGACAUCAUCAGUCGCCAGUAUCUGAGCCAAGCCGUUGUGGAGGUGUUUGUCAACUACUCGAAGACGAAUUCUACAGUCACCAGAAGCAAUGGAGCAGUAUUGAUAAAAGUACCCUACCAGUUAGGACUCAGCUUAACCAUCGUUGCUUACAAAGAUGGCUACGUCUUGACAUCUCUGCCGUGGAAAACUGGAAGGAUGCCGAUAUAUUCUUCAGUUACACUUUCACUGUUCCCGCAAAGCCAAGCAAAUAUAUGGCUCUUUGAAGACACCGUUUUGAUUACAGGAAAAUUAGCUGAUGCCAAAUCUCAACCAAGUGUUCAGUUUUCCAAAGCCUUCAUUAAACUCCCUGGCAACCAUCACAUCAGUAACGUGACUGGCUAUCUCACAGUUCUACAACAGUUUUUAAAGGUGGACAAUUUUCUGCCUGCGACUGGAGUCACCUAUAAAUCAGGUUUGGAAAAUGUUGAGUUGACUCCUCAUGCUGCAAUAUGUGUGAAAAUAUAUUCUGGAGGAAAAGAAUUAAAGGUGGAUGGCUCUAUCCAUGUUUCUCUUCCCCUUCUACAUACAAGUAAUAUAAAAAUAGGAGAUCGGAUACCUGCUUGGACAUUUGAUAUGAAUGCAGGUGUUUGGGUGCAUCAUGGCUGGGGAACAGUCAAGGAGCAUAACACUCAUUUGAUUUGGACCUAUGAUGCACCACAUUUGGGCUACUGGAUAGCAGCUCCAUCCCCAGCCACUAUAGAUUUUGGCAUAAAUGACGAUUUCCAAGACAUCACUGCCUACCACACAGUGUUCCUUACAGCCAUAUUAGGGGGGACGAUCGUCAUCAUCAUUGGGUUUUUUGCUUUACUGCUUUGUUAUUGCAGGGGAAAAUGUGCAACACCACAGAAAAGAGAAAGAAAUAUCACGAAGCUUGAGAUCCUCAAGAGAGAUCAGACAACCUCAACAACACACAUAAAUCAUAUCAGUUCAGUCAAAACUGCAUUAAAAGCUGAAGAUAAACCACAGUUGUUCAAUGCCAAAACUUCCUCCUACAGUCCCCAGAGAAAGGAAACCACAAAAACGGAGGCAGAAGAAAGAAUUUCCAUGGUGAAAACUCGGGACAACUUUAAAAUCUACAAUGAAGACGUUUCCUUUCUGUCAGUCAAUCACAAUAAUUAUUCAAGAAACCCAACACAGUCUUUGGAGCCCAGUAUGGGGAGCAAACAGCCUAAGCAUAUUAACAACAAUCUCUCCCCGUCGCUAGGUGAUGCUCAAGAGGAAAAGAGAUACCUUACAGGGACUGAAGAGGUCUAUGGGCGGUCCCACAUUCCAGAGCAGCUCAUGCACAUCUACAGCCAGCCUAUUGCCAUCCUUCAGACAUCAGACCUUUUCUCCAUGCCAGAGCAGUUACAUGCCGCUAAGUCUGCCACUUUACCAAGAAAGGGACAAUUGGUCUAUGGCCAAUUGAUGGAACCAGUGAACAGAGAGAACUUUACACAAACAUUGCCCAAAAUGCCGAUGCAUUCUCACGUCCAGGCCCCAGAUGCCAGAGAAGAAGACAUUGUACUUGAAGGUCAGCAGAGCUUGCCAUCCCAGACCUCAGAUUGGAGCCGAUAUUCCAACAGCUUGCUGGAGUCUGUGUCUGUUCCUGGAACUCUAAAUGAAGCUGUUGUGAUGACCCCCUUUUCAUCGGAACUUCAAGGAAUUUCAGAGCAGACCCUCCUGGAGCUGUCCAAAGGCAAGCCUCCGCAUCCCAGGGCUUGGUUUGUGUCUCUUGAUGGAAAGCCUGUGGCCCAAGUGAGACACUCCUUUAUAGACCUGAAAAAAGGCAAGAGAACCCAGAGCAAUGAUACGAGUCUAGACUCUGGGGUGGAUAUGAAUGAGCAUCAGUCAAGCAGAAAGCUGGAGAGGGAGAAAACGUUCAUCAAGAGCAUGCAUCAGCCCAAGAUCCUUUACCUGGAAGACUUAGACCUGAGCAGCAGUGAGAGUGGAACAACCGUCUGCUCCCCUGAGGAUCCCACAUUGAGGCACAUCUUAGAAGGGGGAAGCGGGGUUAUUAUCGAGCACCCUGGGGAAGAGUCUCCAGGAAGGAAAAGCACUGUGGAAGAUUUUGAAGCCAACACAUCCCCCACUAAAAAACGAGGCCGGCCACCGCCACUAGCCAAAAGAGAUAGCAAGACUAACAUCUGGAAGAAACGAGAGGAACGCCCACUGAUUCCCCUAAACUAAUUGUGAGAGCUGUGUAGAGCUGUGUAUCUCUGUAGUCUUCUGCUUCUUGUAAAUUGCAGUGUGAACUUCUUAGGAAGCUGGGACUGAGCAAUCUCAUGGGCCAUAGACACAUCUCAAGCAAAGUGGAUGGUAAAAUAGGAAUUCAGAAAUCAGAAAUGCUUUCUCUGGCCUGUUCCUUUUUUUCCCCCCUAUUGUUUUGUUUUUGGGUGAUGAAGUUAUCACAAUGUAAAAUAAUGUAAAGAUGUUAUCUGAAAAUGUUGCUCAGUUUGCCAACUGGUAAUGGCUCUUCAGAAUACAGCUGUGAAAUGUGCACUACAGUUGCUUUCCAAAAUCUUGCCUCUGCCUUGGUCUUAGAAAGGCAGGCAGGUAUCUUCUUCAUGCCUCAUCCUCGUGCAGUGUGACUGUGAAAACGUUUCCUGCCUAUGCUUAGAAACAACCUGAUAAAUGUGUGUAUGGAUGUUAAAGACCAAACAGCAUUUUCUUAUUUAAGAUUAAUGGCUUGUGGGUUGUCGCCACCAAUGUAAAUCCUGUGCUCCCAUAACAUGGGCAGGAAGCCCUCGGUUUACUUGAGGAGACCCAAUUCUAGUUAUUUGGAGAUAUAGGCUUAUAGAGUAAAUAAGAUAUUGACUUGUUAUGUAGAAAUUUGAGAAAUGAAAACUCUGAUAUUGUCUUUUUAUUUCAGAUGAAGUGACCUUAGUUGACAGCUGAGAGGAGGCUUUGACUUUUAAGGUUCACGAAUCCAUAAAGGCUGAAAUUGGUUUUUAAGAUGUUUUGUCAUCUCCCCCAUUCCAAAUCAGUCGUUUAGAGACUAUCAAUCUGAUUGAAAAAUACAAAAAUUUGGAAUGCCGAAAAUGAAUAGACUGUGGAGACAAAGGGAAAUGGGUAUUCUGUAUAAUCGUGCAGGAAAAGAAAGGCCAGUUUCCAGAUAUUAAACAAAACAAAACAAAAAUCUCCAGGCUUUGUCAACAUUGCUAAAUGUUGACGCUUUGGAACGAUGUUGGAGAAGAACAGUCUGGGAUUCCAGGGGACGUGUUCUUCGUCUCCUGAGCCUGUGCAGCCUCACUUGCCAGUGUCAGGCAUUUACUACUGUUGUUCUCCCAGCGUGAACUCAGGAGCUGUUUUUAAUUACUGGUUCUCCACUCUCCUAAACAUAAGAGCUCUCGAGUACCAUCAACCAUCCUGUUUUAUCUAAAGCUUUUCACUAGGACACAUUUGUGCAGCAGUUCGCCCUUUUCUUUGGGUGGGAAGAAAUGGUUCUUCUCACCCCCUACCUUCUGAGCAAAUUCAAGCCACUUAAAUAUGUUGGAGGAAACUAAAACAGCGACACCCAAAUUUUGUAAAACAGUAGAUAGAUAAGACAAUGGAAUUCAGCAGCUUUUCUCCCCGAGACAACAGACUUCAGCCGGGUUUUGCUAUAAUCACUUCUGAAAUAACUUAUCUGUCUUAACUCUUGGCUUUCUGUAUUUAACCCAAAGAAUGCAAAGACCUUUGCUAUGGUUCUUAUAUAUUACCCCUCUCCAUAUAUGUUUGGGUAACGCUUAGACUUACUACUGGGGGUAGAGUGAUACAGCUCACUUUUAGAGGAGGUUUUCUUAUUGGCUCUACACAGAAAUCAAUCAUAAGCAGCAUGGACAUGAACAAAAACCGACUUGGAGAAGUUUAAGGAGUUAGUGCUCUGUGGAAGUGCCUUUGACUAAGACUUGCGUUAGGAGGAUUAAUAACAUCUUUCUUCCGUGUACAUUUUGUUAGCCAAAUUGAACAGAUGUGCAGUUAUUAAGAGAUAUAGACCUAGUGUUUCACGUUGGAACAAGGAAUUUUUGCAUGUAACAUUUUCUUUUGUGUGUUGUUUCUCGAAUCCACAAGAUACUGAUAAACUGUUUCUAUUGGAAUGAGGUUAGGGAUGAUAUAGUUAAAUGCUGCACCCGUUCAACACUUUAAGUGUGUAUGUAUCCUCACCUUAAAAAGGUUUCAUGUCUCAACUGGGCAAUGCAAUACACAUAGAAAUGUAUGCGUGUAUGGCCCAAGUAUGCCAGUGACUUCGCUCAUUCUUGUCUAAGGGAAAUGAGAUGAGGUAUCCUAAGGGCUUUUAUAGAAUUUUAAUUUCACAAAAUACUUUUAAAAACCCACUGCAAUGCUGUUUUUGAUUGGGAAUGUUAGGCAGUAUAUCUUUCCUAAUCAGGGGAAUGUGACUUCUCAUUUGCGAGCUGUUCACAAUUCCUGGUAAAAAGCUAAAGCCAUCCACCUUUUCCUAACCCAAGUGAUUAAACCAACACUACUCACUACUUUCUUAAAUUUUUAAAUUGAAAGCCAACGCAGACUUUUGCAUAUGUAAACUAGAGAAUUUUGGUUACAAAUUGUUGACAUUUGUGGAUCCUUUGUACCUAGUUUGGAUAUAUCUUGAAGGCAUAGCUAUCAGUUAACCGAUGAAGUCGUUUACUAAAUACAGCACAGCUAUGUGCGAUUUUGAAUACAUACAACCUUGAAACUUUAUAAAACCCAUUUUUAUGACUUUCUGCAGGUGAAUAGGGAUCAUGCCCUUUUAUAAUUCACAGUGUGCCACAAAUAUCACAAACACUGAGGGAUACUAAAGCUCUUCUUUGCUUUGGCAAUUACUGUCAGGCCAGUUUCUGUGGAUUUGAAUCCGCCACUAUUACCCAUUAGAGUGUUUUAGACAUUGGGGGGGGGUAUCAAAUACUGCCCUUUGAAACUUCCCAGAAAGAUAAAGCUCACAACUCCAUGUUUAUUUCUAUGGCUUGAGUUACCCUCUGUGGUGUGCAGACAUCAUAAAGAGGUCUACUUGGUUUCGACCUCAGAUCCAGAGCUGACGUCGUGCCCUCUUGUUCCCAGGCGUUUCCUUGUUCGUUUUCCUUUGUCUUCUUUAAUCAGAGAAAUCUCAUGUUUUGGUGUAUUUAUUGCUGUUACUGUAUUUCUUGAACAGUCUGAAGAUUUGUAAAAUGUUACAAACAGUUCUUUAAGGAUAAUAAAAUCAAUCUAAAUGUAUACUUGUAGUGUUUAAUUUCAAAUAAAAGGCAAAGGGUUCCUU